GACGAUCCCGAUCCCUUGGGAUCCCCUCGGGCCGAUCCCUCGGGCUGAUCCCGAUCCCUCGGGAUCUCUCCCGGCAGGUCCAGGGCGAAUCCGGGUUCCGGUUCUGGAACUGGUCCGGCACCUACGGCUGCAGCCCCGAGCUGCUCUUCCGGCCCCGGAACGUCCACGAGCUCCGACAGAUCCUGGAUCUGGCGCGGGGGCGGCAGAAGCGGGUGAAGGUGCUGGGCGGGGGUCACUCCCCCUCGGACAUCGCCUGCUCCCAGGAUUUCCUCAUCCACAUGGGAAAACUCAACCGCGUCCUGCAGGUGGACAAGGAGAAGCUGCAGGUGAAGGUGGAAGCCGGAAUUCUGCUCUCGGAGCUGAACCUGGAGCUGGACAAACACGGGAUGGCCCUGGCCAAGUGAGAGACAACAGCGGGAAUAACAGCCG